AUGAACCAGGUCAAGAGUAACCGAGAACUGUACAUGCAAUACUCAGCCUCAGCCCCCAAGCUGCUGGCCCACAUCUCCAAACUCCUUAUAGUCUGCCGCAACACAGGCAUUGCCAUCCCAAAAGGCAUCAGGAACAUCUUUGAGCUCACCUGGGAGGAGCUUAUCAGGGACCCCGCAGUGCCCACUCCAUCCAACAUCCAGGACCUGGUGAUCAACUUUGGAGCUCCCCCAGUGGUGCUUGCUGAGGUGAUCCCUGUGCAGCCCCCUCUCCAGAAGAAGCCACCCCCACCGCCUUCAGCACUGCUCACGGCCACUAGUGUGGGCAAGCAGUGUGCCUCCUCCCCUGUCUCUGCUCGCCCAGUGCCCAGUGGCCAGGAUACCCUUCACAAGUUCCAGCGGCAGUCCAUCCACCUUCUGACAGAGCUUCUCUCCCUGAAGAUGAAGGCCAUGGUGGAAUCUGCCUCUGCAGGUGCCAAUCCCCUGGACAUCACCAGGCGCUUCGUGGAGGCCAGCCAGCUUCUCCAUCUCAAUGCCAAGGAGAUGGCCUUUGACUGCCUGAUUGGUACUGUUGAGAGAAGCUGCCUUAAUACAGCACAGCUGGGGAAAGAAUCCCCCAUGAACAUCUCUGCCAUGGGAGUGAACUCUCCUUACCAGCUUGUCUACCAGACAUCCACGGCCUGUCUGAGCUUUUCCCUCUCGACAGGAAAGGAAGUCAAGAAGAAAGAUACUGGAGGCAAGGGAAAGCCUGCAGAUGACAUCAUGUCCCUGCUCCCUCAAGUGCGAACCCCUCCUGAGAACAGCAUCCUUGAGUUCCAAGACCCCUGUCCUGAGGCCCGGGAGAAGCUGCAGGAUAUGUGUCGCCACAUAGAAGCUGAAAGAUUCUUGUGGAGAGAAAGGAACAUCUGCCCCAUGAUCUUACGCAACUACAAGGCAAAGAUACCCUCCCAUUCACUGUUGACCUCCAAAGGGGAUUCUCACCACCCUCACACUGUGGGAACUCAGAUUUCUGCUUCCACUCUUCACCAGCUUUCCAGUCACCAUACUCACACGAGACACCAUUCUCAAGAGUGGAAGGCACCCAAGAAGCCCAUCAAACUGCAUUACACUUUCUAUGAUGGCUCCUCCUUCGUUUACUAUCCCUCUGGAAACAUCGCCAUGCUUCAGAUUCCCACAUGCUGCAGAGGGAGAAGCAUCACCUGCCUGUUUAACGACAUUCCUAACACCUUCCUGGCCUUGUUCAGUGCUGAAGGCCAGGGCUAUGUUUACUACAACCUGAAGAACUGCUGUCCAUAUGUCUUGGUCUUGGAUGAGGAAGGCGGGAUCACAAAUGACCACAAGGGCUACAUAGUUCAUAAGUGGAGCUGGAGUAACAAGACAGAGACUUUGCUCUCUCUGGAAUACAAGGUGAAUGAGCAAAUGAAGCUAACAGUCCUGGGGCAGGACUCCAUCACUGUCACCUUUACCUGCCUGAACGAGACAGUAAUACUCACUGUGUCACCGAAAAACUGUCCCCACAGCAUCUUUCAUGACAAACGGGUAAGGCAAAUCAGCAACAUGGAUGACAAGAUAGCGAAGAUAAACCGAGCCCUGGCUGAGAUCAAGAAGAGGUUUCAGAAGACAGUGACUCAGUUUAUGAAUUCGGUGUUGCUGGCAGCAGGUCUGUUCACCAUAGAAUACCCUGCCAUAAAGGGAGAGACAGAAGUUAGUUGGGUCAAGUUGAAAUCUGAAUCCUUUCCUGAGUGGGGCCGUAAGUCAAGUUUGUACACAGGAGAGGCCCUUGUACGAUCCCAGUCAGCCCGACCAGAUUCCUUAAUUGAAGACUCGUUGAAGGAAGAGGCUACAUACAUACCCAUCAUCCCUGUCCAGAAGAAGAGCAACAAAGUCGUGGCCAAAUUCACACCCAGAGGGAAGGCCAGAGAGGUGCACAGCCCUACCAGGUGGGCAGCUUCACCCUACGACUGCCCACUGGUGCUGCGGAAGCUCAUACGCAAGGAAGACAUCAGGGCUGGUUGCAAGUGUGUUGUGAAGGUGCCCAUGGUGUCCGACUUGGAGCUGGAGCGCUUUCUGUCUGCACCCCGAGACCCCAGCCAAGUGCUGGUAUUCGGGAUAAUCUCAAGCCAGAAUCCCAGUAGCACUGCACAGCUGCAGUGGCUCCUGGACACACUGUACAGCCAUCAGCAGCAGGGCCGUGGCUCGCCCUGCAUCCAGUGCCAGCAUGACCCCUACCGCCUGCUGCGGUAUGACCUGGAGAGCCCCCUGCAGAAGAUUCCACCCCUGAUGGUGACGAAGUUUGCUGUGGUGCGUGGGAUGGUUCUGAUGUUUGCAGGCGGGAAGCUUCUUUUUGGGGGCUGCCUUCUGAAUGGAUAUGGCUUCAGCAAGCAGAAUCUGCUGAAACAGAUCUUCCGGGCUCGACAGGAUUGCAAGAUGGGCUAUUUCCUACCAGACAACUACAAAUUCAACAUGACAGCCUCUAUCACAAGCCUGGAAGAUUCCGACUCAGCUAAAAGAGUCCCAUCCGAAGACCUGCAAGGAAGUAUAUUUUCAUUGACGCUUGGGGACAAAGUGGAAAAGGCACUUUCUCCCUCCCCAGACAAGUUGAAACAGCCUGAAGUGGAACCGGACAGUUUCAGUAAGCUCAGGAGGAGCCGUAAGAAGAUCACUAGCUGGAAGAAGCCGGGUUUGAGGAAGUGA